AUGGGCGUUAUGCUGGCCGAUUGCUUCCACUUCCAGGUCGACUACAUCACCGGCGAUGCUAACAUGGCGGGCUAUCGCACAGGCCUGGACUGCAUGGUCGCGUGCAUCCUCGAGUGGUCGCAUAGCAUCCCAAUGGAGAUAUGGGAGCAAACCACGGACCCUGUCGACGAGUACAAGGUUCGUAUCUCCGAAUGGUUGCUUCACAGCAACCGGGAUGUCUAUAUGCUUCCGGAGACCGACAACGACUCUCACACUCCUCUCCUUGUUCACUUGACGCCUUCGUGGAUGUCAAACAGGCAGAGGCGAGAGCUGCGCAAUCCGGAAACUAUCAAGGCCUCUCAUGAUCGACGCCGUGAAGCUCAGCGAGCCAAAAAGCGAGGUGAUCCUGCUCCUGAAGAAGAAACUCCUGGCAAGGGCAGCGCAAGACCAGCCGAGCCAGAGAAUCCGCCCUCAGGAAAGGG